AUGGCCUCAAUACUGAGACUCCUCUUCGUUUUCCUCUUCGUCUUCCACAUUUCAGUGCUCAAGGCUUCAGGGGCAUCAAUAAUAUUCUACAACAAGUGCCCCCACCCAGUGUGGCCCGGCAUCCAGCACGGCGGAACUCCGCCGGCGACCCUAGCAGAGUUCACGCUGGGAAACGAGCAGGAUUUCUACGACGUGAGCCUGGUGGACGGUUACAACCUUCCAAUCUCGAUCACACCGUUCAAGGGAUCUGGAAAGUGCAGCUACGCUGGGUGCGUGAGCGACCUCAACAUGAUGUGCCCCGUGGGCCUGCAGGUGCGCUCACGCGACAAGAAGCGCGUGGUGGCCUGCAAGAGUGCCUGCUCCGCCUUCAACUCCCCUCGCUACUGCUGCACGGGUACCUAUGGAAGCCCACAGGCCUGCAAGCCCACUGCCUACUCCAGGAUCUUCAAGACCGCAUGCCCAAAGGCAUACUCCUACGCUUACGAUGACCCCACCAGCAUCGCCACUUGCACUCGCGCUAACUACUUGCUCACUUUCUGCCCUCGCCGCCGCUGAUCUCAAGCUCACUACUCCUUAAUUCCUUACUACUUAAUACUUAAUAGUUACUACUAUUCUCUUGGCCUAUCCCUUUCCACUAUUACCAUUAUUAUCAUCAUUAUCAUUAUGUCAUAACAAUUUGCAUUUGCAUUUGCAUUAGUACUACCCAAUACUCUCUUAUUUCGUUACUUUAGUAUUUUAAUGUGUACUAGCUAGGUCUUCUGUAUUAAUUCAUAUUACAAUUACUACUA